GAAAAAUGGUGAACAUGGAAAAUCCCAGGAUGAAAUACAUUGAACUGGAAAAUCUGGGCAGCGGGGCUUUUGGAGAGGUUUCUAGAGCACUUGACAUUGCCACAGGAGGAGAGGUGGCCAUAAAGAAAAUCAAUCUUCAAGGACAGAUCAGGAAGGAAGCAAUUGCUUAUGAACUCAUGGUCAUGAAAAUGAAUAGGAACCCCAACAUUGUGACCUGUUUAGAGAGUUACUUUGUGGGGAAGCACCUUUGGCUGGUGAUGGAGUACAUGGACGGAGGCACUCUGAGAGAUAUCAUCAGUGAGACUCAAAUGUCAGAAGGAGAGAUUGCAGUUGUCAGCCGUGAGUGCCUGCAAGGACUGGAUUUUCUUCACUCCAACCAUGUGAUCCAUCAAGAUGUGAAGAGCUGCAACAUCCUUCUCAGAACGGACGGCUCUGUCAAGCUGGCUGACUUUGGCCUCUCUGCUCAGCUCACCCCUGAGCAGAGGAGACAGAUCUCCGUGGCCAGCACUUCGGGGUGGAUGGCGCCUGAAGUCGUGACAGGUCACCCGUACGGCCCCAAAAUGGACAUAUGGUCUUUUGGAAUCGUGGGCAUCGAAAUGGUGGAACGAGAAGUUCCUUCCUGGAAUGAAACUCCUGUCUCGGUAAGGCGCAUAUAAAUGCCAUUGCCAUCUGCUGGCACUACUUCCACCAAGGUCCCCUUC